AGACAGAGCGGCGAGCGCGCUAAUGUAAACACGUUUACGCUCAACUAUUAUAAUAUCACCACCGACUGUAUAAACGGAUCAGUUUUCUUUAGGCAGUCGUAGUAUUAACAUACGGUAAAAUAUUGGAUAGAGUGAAAAACUGCUAAUCGUUUGACAGAUAGAGAGAAGAGACACAAAUAAUUAUUUUUUAAAUGAUUUGACAGAAAAAUAGUGUAAUUGAUUUAAAAAUGGCUUUGGAAUUAACGAUGCGGCACGGGACCGUAGGAAGUUUAGUGGUGCCGGAUAUUAAACCUCGGUUCCAGAGACAGGACUCUGAUACUCCGUUAUCACCAUCAGACACCCCGAGAAAAAAUAAAAGGAAAUUAAGUGAGCCCAAGAGGCGGACUACGGAUUUUAGUAUAAAACGCUUAUGCCCGGACAGUCCUGGCAGUGCUUGUUCUGAAAGUGGGCGUAGCGAGGAAAGUACUCCAGAACGAUUGCACGAGGACUCUAGGGAUUCUGGUGAUUGUUUAAGCCCAGACGGACUGCCAGCCGAAAGGGACAUAGUCCCGCCACAUUUUAGACCACCUUUUGUGUUUCCAGACGUUCGCCAUCAUCCGUACUUCAUUCCACAGUUUUAUUAUAAUCGUUUUCCCGGUUUUCCUGCCAGUGGACCUUUGCCGACGGGUUUUCCUGCCGGUAUGACUGGAUUACCCACCGUUCCUACUCUCAGUGUUCCAAAUGUUCCAGCUCAGCAUAAGUCACAAUCUAGUCAGGAUAUUUCUACAAAACAUAGUCCACCAUCUCCAUCGCAACCGGUGCACGUGCAAAAUAAGAAACAGUCACAUUGUAAAUCACGAGCAUCUAGUCCUAAACCAAACCGAGAAGAGGAAGAUGAUGACAUUAGUUCACCAGAUAGUCCUAAGGACAGUAAAAGAAAUCGCAAAAAUUACAAAAAUAUGACACGUGAAAGAAGAGUAGAAGCUAAUGCACGUGAGCGGUCACGUGUACAUACAAUAAGUGCUGCAUUUGACGGAUUACGACGUGCCGUGCCAUCUUAUUCUUAUAACCAAAAACUAUCCAAACUUGCUAUUUUACGGAUAGCUUGUAGUUAUAUAAAUGCAUUGACUAAGUUGGCAGAUACCGAUGAUGGCAGUCCUCAGUUACAGAGUACAUCAUUUGCAGAGUGUGUAGACAAUUGUACUAGGACAAUUCAAACGGAAGGAAAAGCCCGACGGAGACAUUAAAUAUUUCGCCGGUGAUUUAAAAAUGUGUGACGCGAAGUAUAUCUUAACUUAAACAUUGUUAUAGUUCCAUGUUGAAAAUGGCUUUUUUUUUCUUCUUGGACGAUAUUGGUGGUCUCUCGGAAGACGAAAUCAAUAGAAUUUACAAUGUUUGUCAUUUUGAUUAUUUUACUGGUAAUUUUUCCCUCAAGGAUAUGAUUAUACGGGAUAAUACUGUGAUCAACAAUGUCUUAUGACAGUUUUGCGGCACGUUUUUCUGUUCAACUUAAUGUGUCUAAACAUCUGGGGAAGAGUUUUUGUUCAUCGGCACGCAUGUAAAAUCCGUUUGGCGACAGAAUGUCUGCGGAUUAAAAUUGAUUUUAACUAAGUACAGAGCGCUGCAUUAAGAUUCUAAUUCAAUAAACUGAAUUUGGGCUAAUGUGCAAUAUCGGAUGUAUUUUUCUCUCAUUUGACAGAAGUGAAUGGCCAAACUACCGAUUUUUUUAGUUUUUUUCGUCAGUUCAUUUUAUACAAAGAUUGAAAUAUGUCUCAGUUGUUUUAAUUGUUUUUAAAGAUAUAUAAAGAAAUUUAUAAAAUGAGAA